UCAUCUUCAACACCCAUACUCCCACUCUCUCUCUUCUCCUCUCCUCUAUCCCCUCUUCCACUUCAAGGACUCGAUUUGCAUCUCUUCCGCCCAAUCACGCUCGUCGCCUCCUCCUCGAGCUUUGCAAUACCCCGCUUUGCACACUUUGACGACUCCCACAUUAGCAUUUGCCUUACGACACCCCACGCAUGAGCGGCCAACAGCACCUCCGCGACCUCGACGGCCGGACGCCUCCGCCGGCGCCCAGCGCCGCAUAUGGCAAGCGUGCGCGCGAGCUCAUUCAAGACGCGACGGGGAUGGCCUUGCCCCCACUUGGCGACAUGCCGAAGGGCCGUCCGCGUGCUGGCACGCUCCCUUCGUCGUUCCAAGAGGCUCGCGUGGACGACGACUACCACGACGACCAUAACCCGCCAGAGGCAGAAGCUCAACCCAGGCGCACCUCGGCCUUGUCACCAGCCUUCAAUCCCAGGCCGCAGCUUCGCCACGCAAAUAGUUCAGCACCUGCGCUCGAGCACGAGCACGUACGACCUCGUUCUGGCUCGGCAUCGUCUGUGAGCAACGCCUUUGCGUCAUCUCCAUUCUCCAACGCCUGGUUGGCCAAUCCCGGCCCCGCAGGUCGCUCUCCCCUUGGCCGUCCCGAGGGCCGUGAAGAGGUCUACUCGCCUGACAGCGCGAACAACGACGACCUUAACUUUAGCACACUCGACUACCUUGGGCUUGCCGACGGCACAGCUGACCUUGCUCCCGCCAGCAUGUCUGAUCUGCGCAACCAGCAGCGCCGCGCGAUAGACGCCCACGGCCCCGCUUCACGUAUCCGUGCCAGCACCGUGUCUAACGUCAACCGCCCCUUCCGUGCCUCAGUCACGCAGACGUUUGACGACCAGACUCCCGACGCUAUGCUCGCCCAGGCGCUCGACCAGGUCUCGCUAUACGAUGGCCUGCUCCCCGCCGCGCAGAUCGGCAGCAGCCUUUACCCUUCGCCAUCCCUUCUUCACCCCAACUCUGGCGGUGGCGGGCGCGAGACCAACCGUCCGAGGGCGACGACGAUCGGCACCCUUGAGAACCCACUCACCCGAGGCAACCGCGGUUUCCUGUCCAGCAUUCCGCAGUCGCCCUUGCAAGCCGAGUACAGCUCGAUGUAUCUCGACAAUCGCUACGGAUACCCUCCUCGUUCACGGUCUGAUCGUGACCUGACUCGAAGCCGUGAAGCCCGUCGUGAUGGUGGUCGCCUGUCAAUUUCGUCCACGACAAGUCGCACCGGUACCCCAGACAAUGCUGGGACGAGCACCCCUCAGGUCCCGACACGUUCGCUUUGGAUCGGCAACCUGGACGUGAAUGCCACGAGCGAGUCGCUGCUCAAGGUGUUUGCGCCUUACGGUGCCAUCGAGAGUCUCCGCAUGCUCCCAGAGAAGACAUGUGCCUUUGUCAAUUUUAUGGACAAGGCCGACGCUAUCCGCGCGCGCGACGACGUCCUCAACAGGCUUGGUGGACAGGUUUCCGAGCUGUCCGAGACGGCGCCUGUGCGAAUUGGCUUUGGCAAGAUUGACUCUGCUCCUACCGGUCCAUCGACGUCGACGGUCGCUCCUCCCCCACCGGGUCUCGUGUUCACCAAUGGCUCCAUCACGAUUACCCAGCAGCCGCCUCUCAACGUCGAUGGCGCCAACAAUGGUGACCAGAGCACGCUGCCCACGCGUGCGCUGUGGAUUGGCAGCAUCCCCAACACGACUUCUUCUGCGACGCUUCUACAGAUCUUCUCGCCCUUUGGUCCCGUUGAGUCGUCGCGCGUGCUUACACACAAGUCGUGUGGCUUCGUCAACUUUGAGCGCCUGGACUCAGCGAUCUCGGCCCGCAACGCCUUGAACGGGCGCGAUAUCCUGGGCUCAGAUGUGGGCCCAAUCCGCAUUGGCUUUGCACGCGUGCCUACCAAGUCUCCAGUCAUCGGUGGACCCGAAGAUGAAACGAACUCGCCGCAGAAACUCGGUGAGGGAUUGCAGACACUGUCGGCUGAGGGCGGUGGUGUGGAGAAUUACCGCUCCCAGCUGGUCCUCGACCUCGUGAAGGCCGGUGUUCACGAGCAGGUUCUCGAACGUGGUCUUGCGCAGGAUGGCGCUGUCAGCGAGCAGCAGAUGAUCAUGCAGGUUCUCAGCGGCGGACGUCGCGAGGAGGAGAAGGACGUGCGCGCUGCCGCAGAUGUCCGCCCACCUGUCACCUACUACACCACGAUUCCAGUCAUCGGCGACCGCCAGAACAUGCGCCGUUUCGAUGUCGCCAAGCUUCGCGACAUGCGUAAGCGCCUUGACUCGGGCAAUGCGUCACAGGAGGAAGUCGACAGUAUCACGCACGAGCUCAUGGAUGACUGCGCCGACCUUUCGUCUGACUACAUAGGCAACACAAUCAUCCAAAAGCUGUUCGAGAGAGCUGCGCCUCAGCUGCGCAAGGCCAUGCUCGAGCGUAUCGCGCCCCACCUCGCCGUCAUUGGCAUCCACAAGAACGGUACUUGGGCCGCGCAAAAGAUCAUCGAGUGUGCCAACACGGAUGAGGAAAGGUCGCUCAUCACCGUCAACAUUCGUCCUUUCGCGCCACCUCUUAUGUGUGACUCCCUUGGCAAUUACGUGUGCGCGGGCACGCUCCGGUUCGGCGCACCGUACAACGAGUACGUAUUCGACGCCAUGAUCGACCGCAUGUGGGACAUUGCGCAGAAUCGCUUUGGUGCACGCUGCAUGCGCACCUGCCUUGAGUCUCCGCACACCCCGCUGUAUCAGAAGAAGCGCAUCGCCACAAGCAUCAUUCUCAAUUCGAUCCCUCUCGCCACCAACCCUAACGGCGCGCUGCUUCUCACGUGGCUUGUGGAGCAGUCUGGUCUGCCUGGCCGGUAUGGUCUUCUUGCAAACCGCUUUGCGCCUCACGUUGCGCACCUGUGCACACACAAGCUUGCCUCGUUGACUGUGCUGCGAAUUGUGAACCAGACCGCGGAGCCUGCUGCAGCGCACACUCUGCUGUCUACCAUUUUCCACUCGCCGGGCGACAUGAUUCUCUCGGAGAUUCUCUGCGAUGCGUCAAACGGGUCUCAGGUUAUUGCCAAGAUUUUGGCCGUCAACUCCAUUCCGGCCGAAGACAAGCCUGGACUGCUCAACGCUGUGCGCCGAGUCUUGCCCAACAUCAAGGCUGCCAACUCGCCACCGUACCGGCGUCUUCUUGAGGAGGCCGGUCUCCCCGUCCCCGCUGGCCCGACGUACCCGCGGCCCCAGCACAUCCCCUGGCAGCAGUCGUUCGGUGUGCCGUAUGGACAGCCAAUGAUGGCUAAUCCUGGUUUCCCGCAGCCCCUCGGCGGUGGUCUCACGCCAUUGCUCGUGCCGCAGAAUAUGUCGUUGGGUCAGGCGCUGCGUGGCGGUAGCAGCCCCACGGCGAACGGUACGCCGCGAACGCCGCAACAGGGUGCCCGUGGCCGCAUGAGUCCCGUGAGCCAGAUGAUGAGCCCCGGCAGUGACCCCUUCAACCCCUUCGCGUCGCCUUCGAUCGACCUGCCGUAUGUGGGUUCAAACAUGCCUAUGCGCGUCGGCAACAACAUGGCGAUGCAGCAGGGCUUUGAGGCGCAGCCCAACGUGGGAGGCCUCGGCAUCCUCCCGCAGCAAGGCUAUUAUCAGCAGGGCGGGACGGGCAUGUACGCGCAAUCGGGAUUCCAGUGAUGUGUGUACGCUACGGUGAGACGCUAAAGUAGAAGUCAAAGGGAGCAAAUUGGCGAUGUGGCAGCGUGUAGAUGCACACACGGGGGGAGCGGAGAGCAUAGACAGAAAACAACGGAAGUAUAACAUCCAUCUGCAUCGGCAUGCAUCUGUACAGUGUGACCCUGCUGCGCGA